GAGCAUGAACACAUAAAUCUAUUUUAUCAGAUAUUAAAUACAUUUGUAUCAAGAGAAGCUCAAAGACGUAUUGCUGAAGGACAAAGUUGAGUGGGUGGAUACUGAUAAAUCUGUAUGUGGUGCUUUCUCAGAAGGACAUACGGGUUAACCUUGUGCAUGUGAAUUGGGACAAUAUAAAUUGAUGGGUGAACCAAUUUAUCUAGAUUCUGUGCAUAUUCAAUGGAGAAAAUUAUGCAUGGAAUGUGAACUCACCAAAGACACAGAAGAUGGAUCAGAGUUGGAUAUGUCUACUGAGAUGAAUGUCUUAUGAAAACGCUUUUGAUCACUUAAUAUUAUAUGGAAACGAGUGUUGAAGAGUAAAAUGCGUGAACUUACUUUUCCAAGUACAAGUUCAAUGUGUCCACCACCUGAAAAAGUCAAAAUCAAAUGACGAGUGAAGAAGAGUAAGGGUAAGAAGCUGGAUGAAUAUGAAAUACAAGUUCGAUGUGUCCACCACCUGCUCAUGUAUCACAUCCUCCUCAUGCACUAUAGAAGGCUUCUCCUGCUAAUACAUAGUCAGAUCUGAAAUAAAUCCAUGAUCAUGAUGUCCCUCAUCGUCGUCUUCAAUGAUCAUCCGUCUUCUUAUUCGGUGGUAUCUUCUGUAUCGGAAAUGUUGAAAUGUGAAAUGAUUACGCAACGGCUACUUUUUGUCGCUUUAUGUCUGUCUCUCCUUUUUUUUUGGUUUACAAAGACAAAAACCAAUCCGAUGAAAACAAAGUUUUGGGAAGAAAAGACAAUUAACCAAACGGUAACUCUGAUUUGGCAAUGAAAUCUGGAAAAGAACCAAUGAAGUUGAAUCUAGAGGAAUCACAAGAAGAAGAAGAAGAAGCAGUGUUACUAAAAACAACAAAAGUAGUGGAAUAUUUAGAACCAUUGAUGUCAUUAGAGCUUCUGUGCAAAUUCCCAGAUAACUCUGCUUAUGACUUUGACUAUUCUCAAAGCACAAUUUGGUCCCCUUUGGUUCCAAGACCCUACAACACUACUCCCAUUGAUUUAGAUCUCGUAACUCCAAUCAAGCUUUCAUAUGAAAUCAACACCCAUGGUAGAUGUAGUGUCAACAAGGUUGGUUCUAAGCUUAGGAAGAAAUUCACUUCUAAAGCUUUUAAUAUCAAACAUAAGACCAACAACAUGGCUUCUCAUUUCUCCCCAACACCUUCAAGGAUCAAAGCUGCAUGCAACCCCAUCAUUUAUAAGCAAUGGGGCAGGGCAUUGAAAGCUGCCUCAAAACAGUUCAAGAGAUGGAAGGUGAAGAGAGACCCUAUUGCUCAUGCGAUGCUACCCAAGUCUUUCAAAGAUUGAUAUUUUUAAAUAUAUAUUGUGAUAUAAAUUGACAUUGUUAUGUUGAUUUUGCUGAUAUUGGUAUUCAUUGAAUAACCAAAGCAUUUUUCAUUUCACGUUUUUUGUUGCUCAAUUGAACUAUAACUAUGAGCAAAUUGAAAAUGCUCAUAUGAAUGUAAUUUUGUUUAAGAUAAUGGGAACAAGUCCACCAAACAUGCAACAUUUUAUAGAAGUUUUGUUGUUAUC